GCGGUGAAGAUGGAGCCGCGUCCGCCUGGGACCGAGCCCCCGCUGCCCCGGGGGCCGGGACCGGGGCCCGAGCCGCAGCUGCAACCGGAGCCGGUGCUGGCCUUGCUACGGGAACCGGAGCCGGAGCUGGAGGUGGAACCGGAGCCGGAGCCGGUGCUGGCCUUGCUACGGGAACCGGAGGUGGACCUGGAACCGGAGCUGGAACCGGAGCUGGAACCAGAACCGGAGCUGGAACCGGAGCUGGAACCAGAACCGGAGCUGGAACAGGAGCUAGAAGCAGGACCGGAGCUGGAAGCGGAUCUGGAGCCAGAAGCGGAGCUGGGCCCGGAGCCGGAGCUGGAUGUGGAGCUCUGGGCGCUUGAGGCCGGCGCUCCCGGCGCGGGGCCGCCGCCCUGGUGCCCGGGGGAGGCCGCGGGCAGCCCGGGCCCCGCCGAGCCCCCGCCGGAGGAGGAGCCGCGCCUCCGCCCGGUCUUCGACGCCCUGGACCGCGACGGCGAUGGCUUCGUGCGCGUGGAGGAGUUCGUGCAGUUCGCCACGGCCUACGGCGCCGAGCAGGUAAAGGACCUAACAAAAUACCUGGAUCCCAGUGGAUUGGGAGUUAUCAGCUUUGAAGAUUUCCAUCGGGGGAUCAGAGCCAUCAAAAAUGGAGACCCCGACAGCCAGCUGUAUGAUAUGGGAUACACCCCCGAGGAGGAAGCCCCGGCCUGCCCCGAUGAGUUUGAUGAUUUCGUCACGUUUGAGGCAAAUGAGGUGACUGACAGUGCCUACAUGGGCUCAGAGAGCACCUACAGUGAGUGUGAGACCUUCACAGAUGAGGACACCAGCACCCUGGUGCAGCACGAGAUGCACGACGAGGUGGAGACCGACAGCGCCAUCGACUCCACCGUGCACUCGGAAUUCACAGAUCCCAUCGAGGAGCCAGAGCAUGGGUCCCACCCCCACGAGCUGGCCCUGGGCUCUGAGCUCAGCCCCUCCAUCGUUACCGUCAUCAGCGGGGAGGAGCACUUCGAGGACUACGGGGAGGGGCACGAGGCCGACCUGUUCCCAGAGCCGCUCUGUAAUGGGGAGAGCAGCUUUGGCAGCUCCUCCUUCCUCUCUCCCAGCACCAAUCCGCUGGCUGCGAAACUGCACAGCAUUCUGGCAGAUGAAACUUUUGAGUUUUACUGUAGCCAGUGCCACAAACAAAUCAACCGCCUGGAGGAUCUUUCUGCUCGCCUGAAUGAUCUAGAGAUGAAUAGCCCAAAUAAAAGACUCUCCAGCAAGAAGGUGGCAAGGCAGCUGCACCAGACCGGCUCUCUGGCCGUGGGGGUGAUGGAGGAAUCCCUCAGGGACGGCCUGGAGUGCACCGACGAGGACAUCACCGACAAGGUGGUGUUCCUGGAGAAGCGGGUGACAGAGCUGGAGAAGGACACGGCUGCCAACGGGGAGCAGCACAGCCGCCUGCGGCAGGAGAACCUGCAGCUGGUGCACAGGGCAAACGCGCUCGAGGAGCAGCUGAAGGAGCAGGAGCUGAGGGCUGACCAGACCCUGCUGGAGGAGAUCAAGAAGCAGAGGGAGCUGCUCAGCAAAAUGGAGAGGGAGAAGAGCAUUGAGAUUGAGAACCUGCAGGCCAGGCUGCAGCAGCUGGAUGAUGAGAACAGCGAGCUGAGGUCCUGUGUCCCCUGUCUGAGAGCCAACAUCGAGAGGCUUGAGGAGGAGAAGCAGAAGCUGCUGGAUGAGAUCGAGGACCUCACUGUGCAGCUCACAGAGGAGCAGGAGAAAAAGAGGAAGAUGGGGGACAAGCUGAGUCAGGAGAGGCACCAGUUCCAGAAGGAGAAGGAGUCGACGCAGGAGCUCAUUGAGGACCUCAGGAAGCAGCUGGAGCACCUGCAGCUCUUCAAGCUGGAGGCAGAGCAGCGCAGGGGCCGGAGCAGCAGCAUGGGGCUGCAGGAGUACAACAGCAGGACACGGGAGACCGAGCUGGAGCAGGAGAUCAAGCAGCUCAAGCAGGAUAACAGGAGCCUGAAGGAGCAGAACGAUGAACUGAACGGGCAGAUCAUCAACCUGAGCAUCCAGGGAGCCAAGAACCUGUUCUCAGCCUCCUUCUCUGAGUCCCUGGCAGCAGAGAUCAGCUCUGUCUCCAGAGAUGAGCUCAUGGAAGCAAUCCAGAAGCAGGAGGAGAUCAACUACCGCCUGCAGGAUUACAUCGACAGGAUCAUCGUGGCCAUCAUGGAGACCAACCCCUCCAUCCUGGAGGUCAAGUAAAGGCAGCCAGGAGCUGCUCUCGGUGGUGGAUUUGGUGCUCUGAGAGGAUGAAGAGGGACUCCAGACGUCUUUGCACUUGAUGAAGGCACAAGGAAGCCUCAGGUCGGGGGGUGACUGAGCCACGGACCAGGGCAAAGGAAAACCAGCAGCCAGGCUUUGUUGUCUGACUCCGUUACUCUGAAGCCCUCCUGGCCGAGGAGGGGCGAAAGGGAACCUGGAGAAGGAGCUCAGGAAAGGGACACUGCAGGAAGUGCCUGUGGCGCUGGGGACUGUCCCAAAGGCCCCGGGCCCCUCCCAGGGAUGGAGAUGGAAGCGACAGCGCUGGCUGUGCCCUGCUGCCCCGCCCAGCCCGAGCCUCUGCUGUGCCAAAGUGUCCCUGACGCGCUCACCGGGCAGAGCCGGGAGCAGGGAAGGCGUCCCGGACUCACACGGGCUUGGGGUUUGGUUUUGUU